GUGCCUCUAGCAACACCUUUACUCCCUUCAUUACUCCCUCUAUUACUCCUCUACUCCCUCUACCAGCACUGAUGCAUCUGCCAGAGUCAACCAGGCUUUAAAGAGACAGUUUCCAAAUAUGUUUAGUGCUAAAUCUGACGCAAAGAGAGGCAAAGGUCGGAUUAGCAGAACAGUGCCUAUCAAGUGCACAGAUCUCACAGUCUGUGUUCUACCUUCACCGACAACCCUAACACGAAGCCUACAGUAGAAUUGGAACUGGCUCAGGCAGGGUUAGGGAAAAAGUGGUGACAAUAGCAGAGGACUGCAAACACAUGGAUAUAGUAACAAUUAUGGAGGAAGAGUUCCCCAAACUUCAACCACUACAAGGACGGUGGAUGUUUUAUAAAGCAACCGGAGGAAGUGGCCAGAGAAGAAUGACUCUUAUCUCCAUGGACACAGAGGGUUACUCUGGUCGGCAAAUUCGGUCUGUCUCGAACAGUGGCAAAAAUGUCCUUUUUUUAGUGCCUCUUCAGGAGGAGAUGGACACUCAGCCUCUUCCCUACAAUUCAGCCGAAUUUGCAAAGAUGCCAAAGGUUCCCUGUGUCACCUGCAACACCACCAUGCCACUGCAAAUGUUGGCUUUGCAUGCCGAGGAGUGCAAACUAAAUUCCAAUGAGAAUAUUGAUCUAGUCAUUGUGGAGGAUACAGAUUUAGAGGAUCAGGUCACAAAUACUGAUGCAGGUGCCAGAGAUGUUUCUGAAGACAGCCUUGCGGUGUGCCCUAUAUGCCAAAAGGAGUUGCCAUUGUCUGUAUUACCUUAUCAUGGCAGUUUAUGUGCUGAGAGAUCAUUCAGUACAAGGGGUUUUGAAGAUGACAUGGAGCAGCCAGGGCCAUCAUCUGGAGCUCAUUCAUCUCGUAUUUCAGGACCAGCAACAGAAGAAUGGAAAACAGUGGAAAACCCUCAGGAGGCUGUACAGCUCUUCUUUGAGCAUUUGCGUGAAGGAGGUAAAAGGCAGCCAACCCUUUUUCUGUCACUGGAUUCCAGGGAUACUGAUGAGGAACGGGACAGGUCCCUCAUUUCAUUUUACAAACAACAACGUGAAAAGAACCAGUGGGCUGCUCCAUUUAACUGUCACAUUCAAGGAGAUGCUGCAAUUGGCAUUGGAGUGACUAGACAUAUCCUGUCAACAACCAUUGCUAAAUUAAAGCAUGGAUUUAAACUGAACUAUGGAAAUGCAGCAGAGACCACUCUGUUUGAGGGGGAAAUAGACCACCUUUGCCUACUAAUGAUUGGCCACUCAUUAAUCAAUCAAGGUCCUGCUUUGUCAGGCCUAAGCCUGGCAAUAGUACAUUCUUUGACAGGGGGCACAAAGGACACAGCCACCACAAAUCUCUGUUUAGAGGACUGCCCAGACAUUGAACAAAGGGAGACGAUUCGUCUACUGCUGAAAGAUGAAUGGACUGAGGAUGAGACCUCACAAGUUUCCAACCUUUGUUUGGACUUUUACUUUGCUGUACCAAACAAGAGGAGCAACAAGAUGCUGCUCUUCCAACAGCUUCUCACUCAUGCUGUCCUUGGCCGAGCCGGUGCUCAACUAAAACAAUUAAAAAAGGGAUUGAAGGACACUGGUGUCUGGCCACUAAUCAGCUGUAGACCAGAUGUGUUACCCCUGCUGUUCCCAAGAGAAAGUGAAGUUGAAAUCACACCUGAGAUGAUCCUGCAAGCCAUCCAGUGGCCCCAAACACAGCAUACAGAAGACAGCGAAGACAGUGAUGCUGACGACAUACAGCCUGAGAAACUUAAUCUUGUUACAGGCCUUUUGAGAACCUUUGUUGAACAUGCAUCACCCAGCAACCUGAGGAAACUUCUCAAAUUCUGGGUUGGAUGGGAAGUAGUGCCACGCACCCUCAAGCUGGAAGUUGUUCAGUCCAGUGGACCAAACCAAUUGCCAAAGGCAUACACUUGUCAAGAGCGCAUUCGCCUGCCAGAUCACUAUACCUCCCUCUCAGCUCUCACAGCUGACAUGAUGGUAUGUCUGCAGUCUGUGGAGAGUGGUUUUGGCCUUGUGUAGAUGUUAAUUAAUUUCUUAAACCGUUUUAGAUUGAAACAUUUUUUUGUUACUGUUGCUUGUCUAUUACCGUAAAUAUGCCAAUGUUAUAAUAAUAUAAUAAUGUGUAAUUUGAGCCGUUCCAUUUUGUAAUGAUAUAUUUU